AUGGCCCUCCACCUAGUCGACCCGAAUCCCAUCCCGGACCUCGACAGCUCUACCGCCUACACAGCGGCUACACCUCCCGAAUCCGUCGCCGCCGAUCUCCUAGAUGAGCCGUUCGGCGGCGCCAAACUCAGCUCCUCCUCGGUCCCCUGGCCUGGCUCCACCUUUCUUAUCCGCUCCGUUGAGUCCGGGCAUAUGAUUACGCUGCUUGACGGACAGGUCGUGCUGGCCCCGCCGGGCGGCCGCGGCUACAUCCACUGGGAGUGCGUGGAGACCAAAGGCUGGCUCGGCUUCCGAGAUUGCGGCUCGAGUAGCUUUUUAGGUCACAAUGGAAAUGGGAGACUGCGCUGCUCGGCCAAGCGCCAGGAUGGGUGGGAGAACUUUUGCGUCAGGAUGAGGCCGGAGGGAGGCUAUGUCUUACUUAUGACGCAUUGGGAGAGGCUUUGGCAAGUGGGGACUAACCUAGAGCGGGGCGUGGAGUCGCUGGCGAAGGUGCGUUGA